AUGGUAGAUUUUGCAAAAUCAUUAUUUGGUUUUGGUAAUUAUAAAAAGGAAUCAUCAUCACAAUCUCCCACUCCGCCACCAAGUGCUCAUUCAUCACAAGAACAACACCACAAGUCAAACACAGAAGAAUAUCCUCAAUCUCAUUUAUCUCAACAACAACAUUCUCAUCGUUAUCAACCGCCGCACAUGUCUGAACAAUCACACCAAUUUCCACAACAACAACAACAACAACAACAGUCAGGCACAAACAAAUUCUUUCCGAAAACACUAGUGAGUGCAGCACCAACCACGGCAGUUGCCAACCAUUCAUCGGUUUACGGAACAACAAGCACAACAACCAACAAUUACCCUGAAGCAUAUUUGAACCAGACAUUCAAGAAUAAUAUUUACAACCCACAGCAACAACAGCAACAGCAAGCACAACAACCACCACCAGAACAACAACAAUCUUCUGCACCAUAUCAAAACUCAGCAAAUAUCCAACAGCCAUAUGGCAACCAAUGGGGUUCCUCACAAGACCAAGAUGCCAAUAUCAUCACAAUCGAUAAAACAGGCAACAAACUCAGUCCUGCAUCUAGAGACUCGCCCAUUAAAGGCAAAUUAAAAGUCACGAUAUUGGAAGCCAAAGAUAUUUUUGCCACUCAGCCUUAUGUUGUCUGUAGUUUUGAGAGUUCAGAAUUUGUUACCAAUGCUCCUGAUUCAUAUGGGAAAUCUCCAGUGUCAUCGUUUGGUCACAAUAACAAUCAAGGACAUAAUGGACCAAGAAACAUGUACAAUUCCAAUCAUGGACCUUCACCAAAGGCAUUACCUAUGAAAAAUAGUGGUAAUCUAUUUGGACAAAGACCUUCAAUGUAUCAAAGACAAUUAUCUACUCCUCAUUUGAAUUUACCCAAUGAUUCUUCCAACCCCAUUUGGAAUCAUGAUACUAUAUUUGAUGUUGUGGGACUGAAAUCUGAAUUGGACAUUUCGGUUUAUGAUGGAGCUCGAGAUGAUGCAUUUUUGGGUCAUGUAAGAAUAUCUCCUUCCACUGAUAAAAAUAAUAAAAAUGAAAGUGAAUGGUUGCAAUUGGGUGCGAGAAUAACUGGUGAGACGGUUUCUUCAGGUCAUAUUAAAAUUAAAUGGGAAUAUACCUCAUUUGAUAAUAACAUCAAAAGAUCAUAUGGACCAGAUGAUUUCCAUUUCUUGAGAUUAUUAGGUAAGGGGACAUUUGGCCAAGUUUUCCAAGUUCGUAAAAAAGACACUAAUAGAGUUUAUGCUAUGAAAAUCUUGUCGAAAAAAGUUAUUGUUAAGAAAAAGGAAAUUGCUCAUACUAUUGGUGAACGUAAUAUUUUAGUUCGUACUUCAGCAGCGUCAUCACCAUUUAUUGUUGGGUUGAAAUUUUCUUUUCAAACUCCAUCAGAUUUAUUUUUGGUGACUGAUUUUAUGUCUGGUGGUGAAUUAUUUUUCCAUUUACAAAAGGAAGGUAGAUUUAAUGAAGAUCGAUCAAAAUUUUAUACAGCAGAAUUGAUUCUUGCAUUAGAGCAUUUACAUGAUAAUGACAUUGUUUAUCGUGAUUUGAAACCAGAAAAUAUAUUAUUAGAUGCUAAUGGUCAUAUUGCAUUAUGUGAUUUUGGAUUAUCAAAAGCUGAUUUAAAUAUGGAUGGCACCACUAACACAUUUUGUGGCACCACCGAAUAUUUAGCUCCCGAAGUAUUAUUAGAUGAACAAGGAUAUACUAAAAUGGUUGAUUUCUGGUCAUUAGGAGUGUUGAUAUUUGAAAUGACUUGUGGUUGGUCACCUUUCCAUGCAGAAAACACUCAACAAAUGUAUAAAAACAUAGCCUUUGGUAAAGUGAGGUUCCCUAAAGAUGUAUUAAGUCCAGAAGGUCGAUCCUUUGUCAAAGGAUUAUUAAAUAGAAACCCUAAACAUAGAUUAGGGGCCACAGAUGAUGCUAGAGAAUUGAAAGCUCAUCCAUUUUUUGCCGAUAUAGAUUGGGAUUUAUUAAGAGCUAAAAAUAUUCCUCCACCAUUUAAACCUCAUAUAGUAUCAGAAACUGAUAUUUCCAAUUUUGAUACUGAAUUCACAUCAGAAAAUACUUCAGCAUUGAAAAGACAAAUGGAAAUGGCCACAACUCCAUUAUCACCAGGAAUUCAAGCAAAUUUCAAAGGGUUUACAUAUGUUGACGAUUCAACUAUGGAUGAUCAUUUUGCUAGAUCAUAUAGAGCUAAUGCAUUUAGACCUCCUGGGUCAUUUAUACCAGGAGAUCCUAAUUUACCUCCAGAUGAAGAAGUUUUAGCUGAACAAAUUGAAGAAGAAGAUGAAAUGGAAGUUGAUGAAGAUCAACAUAUGGAUGAUGAAUUUGUCAAUGGAAGAUUUGAUCUUUAG